AGGGACAAGGCAGACAAAGGCUCAUUUGUAAAGGACCUCCUUCCAGUACCUCCUCUCUUCAACUCUCGCUCAAACUCAGCCAGUGAACAGAGCAUUUAAGAAGGUUCCUCUGCCAAGAAGACCAAGAGGAAAGAAGAAAAGGGGCCAAAAUGAAAUUUAUGGUACUUGCCAUCACCAUCACCAUUGGGCUAACUUUGCUGCCAAGAGUUCAAGCCAUGCCUGCAAAUCGCCUCUCUUGUUACAGAAAGAUUCUGAAGGAUCGCAAUUGUCACAAUCUUCCAGAAGGAAUAACUGACCUGACACAGGUUGAUGUAAAUGUCCAGGAUCAUUUCUGGGAUGGGAAGGGAUGUGAGAUGAUCUGCUACUGCAAUUUCAGCGAAUUGCUCUGCUGCCCAAAAGAUAUCUUCUUUGGGCCAAAGAUCUCUUUUGUGAUUCCUUGCAACAAUCACUGAGAAUCUUCAUAUUCCAGAGAAUACCAUCCCUAAUCUCCCACAAACUACAUUAUAUCAGUGUGAUUGCAUUCUACCCAGUGUAAUAAAGCACAGAUUCUACAUAUUCUUACUUGUCUAGGACAAGUAAACCUGUGUUAAACAAGUAGCAAUAAAAGUUGAUUCAAUUUAA